AUGGCUGCCACCGCAGUUUUGGAGUUCGACAAGGCUAGAGGGAAAUUCAAAAAUGUUCUAGAAAAAUCACUGGCAAGGAAUGAUGUGGAAAGCUUGCUGACAUUUGUGGACUCCUAUCAGGAUGACAUAGGUCUCGAGAAGAGGACAGUUCUGGAUCAGGUGUUCAGGGACGUUUUGUGUAAAAUGGUUUCGGACACUUCCAAUGCAGAGCUUCUGAAGUCUGUCAUCACGUUUGCAAUUCAGGCUGUCAGACAGGACAUGUGUUCCCCAUCAACUCCGUUCCUGAUGAUGGCUGACAUCUUUGACAUGCUGACAAUAGAACGUUGUGAAGCCAUCUUUGAUCUGGUGGAAGACAAAGUCACUGUCUGGAAGUCUGAGCCAUUCUAUGAAUCUGGCAAGAAUUACCUUCUUAGAAUGUGCAAUGAUCUCAUUAGACGGUUAUCAAAGUCCCAGAACACUGUAUUUUGUGGACGAAUACAGCUCUUCUUAUCUCGCCUUUUCCCGCUGUCAGAGAAAUCAGCUCUUAACCUUGCUAGCCAGUUCAACUUGGAUAAUCUGACAAUCUUUGCUAAACAAGAGCCCUCUGAUGAAGCUCAGGGGCAGAUUAAGAAUGAAGCAAUGGAAGUUGAUAAUGCAGAGCAACAGCCAAGUUCCAUACCCAUAGACUACCACUUGUACCGGAAAUUUUGGGCCCUGCAAGACUACUUCAGACGCCCAACACAGUGCUACGAGAAGACAUCUUGGGAGACAUUUUCACAGAAUGCAGGUGAUGUGUUGAGCAUAUUUUCCAGCUACAAGUUGGAUGACAUCUCAUCCAGCCAGAAGAAGAGUUCCCUGCCACAUCAGACCCACCAGCACCCUCAGAAUUUCUUUGCUAAGUACCUCACCAGUGAAAAGCUGCUUAACCUGCAGCUCAGUGACAGCAACUUCCGUAGAUACGUCCUUGUACAAUUCCUCAUCAUAUUCCAGUAUCUCCGGGCCACAAUCAAGUUUAAAACGGCAGCACACACUCUGACAGAUGAACAGUCCGAAUGGAUAAAAGAAUGUCAGGAGAAGGUCAUCAAACUGUUGUGUGAGACGCCACCUAAUGGAGAACAGUUCUGUAACUCUGUGAAGCAUAUACUAGAGCGAGAAGAGCACUGGAACAACUGGAAGAAUGACAGCUGCCCAAGUUUUAUCAAAGAAAAACCCAAAGAGCAAAACAAGGCCAAGGCUAAACCAAAGCGCAAGCGAAUUGGCGAUGACCUGCUGGCUUCAGGAGAUAAGUCACUUAAGCUUGGAAACCCAGAACUGACCCGCCUGUGGAAUCUGUGUCCAGACAAUAUGGAAGCCUGCAAAGCUGAGUCUCGGGUGUUUCUGCCGAAGCUGGAUGAGUUUUUCGCUAAUGCCAUCGAGCAGGCGGAUCCUGAAGCAAUGGUUGAGGAACAGUACAAAGAUAUCAACCAACAUAACUUCCAGUGGAAAGCCUACCGACUCCUGGCACGAUCAUCUCCGCACUUUUUUGUGCACACGAACACGCCAGGACUUCCCUUAACUGUACAUCUGAAGGAGAUUGUUGACAAGAUGGCCAGAGAUAUCAAUCCG